AUGUAUUCACUCAAAAUUUCUGAUUCCAAUCAUCAAAAUGAUGACACCAUUUCCAUUCUAACCACACAUGAUGUUUCAAAACGAACCAUUGAGCAUGCUACUACCAAUGACUCUCCCCAAUUACUACCUUUAGAAUCUCCACAUUCUUCUUCUUCUUCAAUACUUCAUCCGCUAAAAGAUACCACUUCUCCUUCAAUUUCAUCAUCAAAACUUCAAAACACUCUUCUUUCCUUUUUCAGGAAAUCCUCUUUCAAAAGUCUCUUUCUUUAUCCUUUCCUUCGUUUGGUUUUUGUUUUUACCUUCUUUUUCUCUGCUUCAUUUCUAACUCGUUUCAUCACCAUGCAUAUAUUGGUUCCUUCUGUGGAUUUAACACAACCUCCUCUUCGUGAUCUUGUUUUGGAUCAAAUUGAAACUCCAUUCCCAGAGGCGUUCAAAAUGACAGAGACCAUAACUGUUGUAAUGUGUAUUCUCAUGUUCGUGUUGGCCUUUUUCAAUCGAACACAUCGAUUCAAUAUUGUGGCGAGAUACUUUUUGUUGAAUGGUUAUUUACUCAUGUUGAGAUUAAUGAGCAUUUCAAGUACCUUAUUAAGUAUUCCAAAUCCUCAGGAUGUGAAAAAGUGUCAACUCUUGCAAGAAAUGAGCACUUUUGAAAGAUUGAUGGGCCCUUCCUCCUCUCGAGAACAUACUGUAUUGGGAUAUACCUGUGGCGAUUACAUGUUUUCUGGUCACUCUUGUGGAUUGAUUCUUUCGACCUUUUUUGUCAUUUAUUAUUCUUCGAUUCGAUCCUUUCAUGGAAUGACUUCAUCUCAUGUUCAUUCUUCAACCGAUACAACGAUCACCAGUGCCACCAACUCUCUAACAUUCACGUUUUCAUCAAAAACUGCUCGAUAUCUAUGGAUAGGAAUGAGAGCUCUGUUAGUUGUGGUUUUACUUUCAAGUUGUGUCUUGGGGUUGUUUGGAAUUGUGUGGUCAAAGGAACAUUAUACGGCCGAUGUGGUGGUGGCAUGCAUCAUUACCUUCUUGUUGUGUUUGGUAUAUCAUUAUCAAUUGCAUUUGUAUUGUGAAGAAAAGGAAAGAAGAAAAGGGAAGGACCAUCAUUGUCAUGAAUUCACAAAAGAUGUGAAUGGUCCUGUGGAUACUCAUGUUUCUCUUCAUGAUGAGGAUCAUGCCAAUUUAAUUGAUUUAGAACAGGCAAAUGGUAUGAAUGAGGAGUUGUCAGGGACAUUGACAAACUCACCAGCAUCAAGUGGUCAUUCGAAGAGUGCAGCCAUGAAUGGAUUUUCAUUCACUUUCUUUUCAUUAUUUGAAUUUGACAUGGAUCGAGAAGAUUUGUUGAUGAGUCAAGAAUUUGAUUUGAAACCUUUGGAGUGUUUGGUAAUGGUGUGGACUCGUGUGUGGCAUUUCGUUAGAGGAACUCGAACCUGUUCUGACAAUGCAGAACAAGAACCAACAAGGUUGAUUUUUCAAUAA